AUGCUACCGGACCCCGACACGGACGCCACGCUGGACAACUGCACUGUCGACACGCUGCCAGACCCCAGCGUUGACGCCACGCUGGACAACUGCACUGUCGGCACGCUGCCGGACCCGACAUGGACGCCAUGCUCGACGACUGCACUGUCGGCAUACUGCCGGACUCCGCUCCUGGAUGACAGCACGCUCGGGCGACUUGCUGCUCGACUCCCGCUCGACAACGACUCGGAGGGCCUGCUUACAAAGCCCAACGGGGGUGGCACGCUUGACGACCGCACGCACGGCAUGUUGGCGGACCCCGCCGCGGACGUUAUGCUCGCGGACCUCCCCGCGGACGUCAUGCUAGUUGAUGGCAAGGCCGAUCUGGUGUCGGCCCCCUGCUCAUUAGACUGCACGGAUGGUAUGGUGCGAAUUCUAUUGCGGUCGGCACGCUGGGCGACUGCUGCUGCCGAUCGCGACGCCAACGGCAAGCUUGACUCGGUAGGGCGGCAUACCGGGCCAUAA